AGGACGGUGCCAAGCGGGCUCGGCCUCCAUAGCAUAGCAAAUGUUCUCAAUGAUUUAUAUAAUGACUUCAAUAGAAUGAAAGUUUUGUUAUAUCAGUUAAAAUAUGAGGUAUUAAACUGCUAUGAAAUAUGUUUGCAGGAAAGGAAAAAACAGGUACAGGUGAAAACGCCAAAGAAGGUGAUAUUGAUAAUACCCAGGCUGCAGGGGAUGAACACAUGGCGACAGGUACAGGUGAAAAUACAGAUGAAGGUGAUAUGGGUAAUGCCCAUGAUACAGAUGAGGCAGAACCACAGGAAGGUGAGGAAGAUAAUGCAGACAAAUCUGCCACUCUAGGAACAGGCCACGAGGAUAACAAUAAAACAACUGCAGGCAAAAAAGAGAAGUCAGGGAAGGUGAAGAGGAAAGAGAAAAAGAAAACUAAGUCUCUGAAAAAAGAUAAACCAAAGAAAAGAUUCUGCGUAGGUCUGAAGACCAAAAACCCAAAGUAGAGAAGAGUUCUUUAUUGGAUACGUGGUUUAUGCUCAAUUAAUCUGUAUGACUAACCUCUAAACCACAGCUAUGCAUCUAAAAGAAACAAUAGUUCACUAUUAAAUAAUAUUGUUCGGA